UCCACGACUAUUUCGUUCAUUUAUUCAGUUCAACGAUCAAGUCAAAUGUAUUACAUGUUGACCCUAUUCAGUGUAGCGCCAUAUUUGCUUUUUGACGCGAUUGAAAAGGAGUCUCUGGUGAGGGAGAUCCUGAUGGAAGUUCAUAAAAUCAAAGAAGAUCUUAACCGGAACUUCCGGAUCUCGCUUUUUCAGGAAAUGAGUCAUAUGACAGCAGUCCUGUGACACCGCUGUGUUUUGGUUUGAGAAACGUAUUGCACUGAAAUCCGCACAAAAUGGAUUGAUCGAAUGAUCAUAAGAAGAGCAUGGAGAAUGAUGAAUUUCCGCCAGCGGAUGGGAUGGAUAGGUGUUGGACUGUACUUAUUGGCUAGUGUUGCUGGGGUUUAUUAUAUAUUUGAGAUAAGCCAAACAUACAACCGGCUUGCACUGGCACAUGUAGAAAAGGCAGCUGGAGCACAGACAAAAUGGUCAGGAGAUGCUUCAUCCUUGUCCCCUUCUUCAGCCUCAUGGACACUGACUCUGAAAUCAAGACUUCUCCUCUUGCCCUUCUGGGUGUGGGCCACAAUUUUCCUCGGUCCCUACCUCCAAGUCUUUCUCUUUCUGUAUUCCUGCACAAGGGCAGACCCCAAGACUAUAGGAUACUGCAUUCUGCCCAUCUGCCUGGCUGUUAUCUGCAACCGUCACCAAACUUUUGCCAAGGCCUCCAAUCAGAUCAGCAGGCUACAGCUGAUUGACACCUAAAUCCUUUAAGAUGUGGGAUUGAAUCUUGGUACCAUACACUUUGGUGUGUUAGGGGUUGGGGAAUACAAAAGUGCAUUUGUAAAAAAGAUUAUUGCAUUGCCUGUACUUGUUCAAAACUUUACAUAAGCAUUUUUCUGUAGGAAUUACACGAGAACGAGUAUGUGCAUUUAGAGGGUUACGUUUUCUUUUCUUUUGAAAAUAAUAUGGUUAAAGCCAUGUGAAUUUCAACACCAGUUCUUUUUAAAAUUGCACCUUUGAGUGCAAAAUCAGUGUGCUUUUAAUUAAAGUAGAUUUAUAACCGGAUCCAGAAGUAUUUUUCAUGUUUCCUCAGUCUUAUGGUACUUUAAAAAAGUAUAAUAAAAUUUGCCUCAAUUGAACUAAAAUAAAUAAUACUCUAAAAUGUACGUUUAUAAUUGAAGGGAAAUUUGAUAAGUGAAAUCUCAAUCAAGCCAUGGUCCAAGAUAUCAUCUGGAUUAAUUUUUUUUUGCACUGAAGGUGCAAGCUGAGAAAGUCUGUGUCUGACAGUAAUGUUACUUUAAAAUGCUGCCAGGAUUGCAUGCUUAACAUUUCAGUAUAAGGACAAUGGAUUGAAAGUGUCACUAUAAUGUUCCUGCCAUUUUAUUCAACUCCAGUGGUUAGUGUUCAGUGAGAGUAGCACUGACAGAACCAGCCGUAAAAUGGUGCCACAAAUGUGUGUGCCAUUAUUUGUCAAGUGUCAAUCUUUCUGUUGGCUGUAAACAUAGAAAACAAAACUCAAAGAGGGAACAAUGACAAAAAGUUGUUAUUACGGAACUUUUGUAUAACCAUUUUUCUUAUCUGCAAUGAAUACCUUUUUAUAUCAGUAUUUGUUUCUUAAAGUAUGACACAUGACAAGGGAGUAUUUUCUUACAUCUCUUCAAUUUGGGAUUGUUCAAAUACUUGUUAUCAUGGGUGAAACAGUGGAAAGACAGUAUAGACGAUUCUAAACAUCUCUGGGUGGGUUUUAAAAAACAGGUGCUACAUGCUUAUGUCUGUAUGGAAUAUUUGUGCACUGAACUGCUUGUCUAAACGUAGAGCUAUCACCAUCAUUUUACAGUCUUAUCUUGCAAAAACAAUGGAAAUGUUAUUUAGACCGGCAGGGUGUGGUAGGUUGUAAUGAGUCUGUCACAAACAAAGUUUAUCCAACAAUAGGUCUCUAGAACUCAUUCUUCAAAAGCUCUCAGACUGUCUCUUUUAAUUUAGCUUUUGCCAAAGACCCAGGUGUUUAAAUUUUCAAUGUCAUUGCUUGCAUGGAGACAAUGCUGUUGUUCAUGUGUGGAUGGGUUUGACUUUAAGCCUUUGUUAAAUGUUCAAAUGGUUCAAGGCAAAUAGUUUUUGUCUAAAAGGGCUUGUCUGUUAAUUUAGAAUUGUAAUGUUUAAUCAGUAUUUGUUAAGAACUUUCCAUUGUAAUCUUAAUACACUGAUUUGAAACAAGUCUGGAUUUUGACAAAAAUCAAUCAAUGUGCAGUGCAUAUUUAUUUGAAACUGGUACAUUGAGAUUAUAUAUAUAUAUAUACAA